AUGACGAAGCCGCCGUCAGUCAGCGUGUCCCUCACUGACCUUUCGACUUUUUUUCUUGCUCUCUUCGCAUUGGCAUGGUUCCUGCCACACACGUUGCUUGCCAGCGUUGCCAGGAAAAGACCUCUACCGCCUGGUCCCCCCACAGGUUGGUUUGGGAACUUCAGUUUGCCAUCCAGCUAUCAAUGGCUCCAUUAUGCGAAGUGGAAAGAAAUAUACGGCGACAUCAUCUAUGUCUACGUUCUGGGCAACCCCAUCAUUGUCGUCAAUUCGGCGCAGGCGGCAGAGGAACUUUUUGAGAGGCGGAGCAGCAAAUAUUCUUCGAGGCCCAUCAGAACUAUGGUGGUCGAACUAAUGGGAUGGGAUUGGCUCUUUUCGUCAAUGCCGUACGGGAGGAAGUGGAAACAGCACAGAUCGCUCUUCCAUCGUCACUUUCAUAGGCUGCUGACGUCCCAGUAUCACUCAGUCUUAAUAAAGGAGACUCAUACAACUCUUCGAAAUUUGGCCCAUACACCGGAUGAUUUUGCUCACCACUUGCGCCGAACAGCCGCAGCUAUCGUUAUGCGAAUUUCGUACGGACAUGAAGUUUCGGACAAAGGUGACAUUUACGUGACAUUGGCGGACGAAGCGAUGCAAGGUCUUGGUAUGGCAGGCAUCUUUGGCUCAUUUUUGGUAGAUUAUCUACCAUUUUUGAAAUACGUUCCUGCAUGCAUGCCCGGCGCAAAUUUCAAGCGUCAAGCGCUGAUAUGGCGCAAGAAGACCAGGGCCAUGAUCGACCAACCGUUUCAGGCAGUGAGGGAACGCAUGGCGAACGGCACUGCUAUUCCAUGUUUUGCGCAGAAGGAACUAGAGAAGUUGCAACAGGGCGUACAUUCGGAUCCCGACUAUGAGACUACAAUUAAAAAUGUCGCAGGUAUCUCUUAUGCAGCUGGUGCAGAUACGACGGUGUCUACCUUGCUUUCCUUCGUCCUGGCGAUGCUGGUUCAUCCCGAAGUGCAGAAACGGGCGCAACAAGAACUUGAUGAUGUUCUUGCUAUGGACCGCCUGCCAACGUUUGCUGACAGAUCUAAACUGCCAUUUAUUGACUGUAUUGUUUGGGAAUGUCUGCGAUGGAAUCCGGUGCUCCCUAUGGGGUUAGCUCGCUUCGUAUCUUCAGAUGACGAGUACAACGGAUAUUUUAUUCCAAAUGGUACCUCAGUCUUGCCCAACGUUUGGGCAAUUCUUCAUGACGCCGACGUUUACCCGGAUCCAUUAAUUUUCAGUCCUGAGCGUUUCUCAGACCAAAAAAAGAACCACGACCUUGGUAUCAACAAGCUUCCUUGGCCAGCCUUCGGGUUUGGAAGACGGAUGUGUCCUGGACGCUGGCUAGCUUACGAAUCUGUUUGGUUUUCCAUUGCGUGCAUUUUAUCCGUGUACUCGAUCGAGAGAGGCAUUGACGAGAAUGGCCUCGAGAUUGUGCCUGAAGUUGCAUAUACUUCCUCCAUGAUCAGCCGACCCAAGCCUUUCAAAUGUCGCUUUAUACCUCGUUCAGAAAGAGCUGAUCAGUUAAUCAAGGGUACUGCCCCUUGA